AUGCCACCAACAGGCAGAAAAAGGACGAUAGUUCCAUCGGCUGCUGUUACAGCAGAGUCUACUAAGCGUGUCCGCUUGCCCAACUACGCAGGAGAUUCUUUCAGCACAUCCAAAUCUCAACCCGGAAGGCUCGGAUCGUCUGCGCGCCACGCUCUGAACGGCAGAGGUACCACGGCUCCCAGAAGUGACAAGGGUUCGACAGUGUUUUCGGACACGGGCUUAUUCGUUGCCGAUGGCCUUGACGCGUCAGGAGCUAAGUCAAGCCAGCCUGUCUCGCGAAAGACACUUCGCUCUGGACAAGAUCCUGACGCCGAUGUGCACAGCAGUCUGCCGUCCAGCUUCCUUCCGGAUUCCACCUCCCACACCAUCCCAAGUACAGACACUGCUGGCUUGUUGACACAACAUACAUUGCCGCCAUCCGAGGCGCCGGAUGAGCGGAGUCUCACUGAUCUGCCUAAGACCCUCUCCAGAUACGAGAGGAAGCUGAAGACGUUUUUCGACCAGUGGCACGCAUCCCUCGUUAAGAAGGGCAUAUCGGAGCAUCUAGCCUACGAGCUUGCCAAGCGCUGUGUUCAAGCCAGUGAUGAAGAAGGCGGUACCAAACUGUCAGAUAUUAAGGUGAAUCGUGUGUAUUGCUUCAUCCUCUCGAAAUCGAAGGACUAUUGA